CUGUAUGGCGUGUACGCACGGGAGUGUGCGCGCAUCUAUAAUCUCGUUAAUAACGAAUUACGAAACUACGAAACCCAGUGCGGCGCACUUGUCAGAAAUGAUUGGCUUCUUUAAAAUUUAAUUAAGUCUAACAGGAUAAUAAAGGGGCCGCGCCGACGACCGGCACCAGCGCCAAGCAGCACCGGCACCGGCACCAAGCAGCAGCAGCAGGCCAUCGCGUGCGUGCCCGUAUGUGUGUGUGCGUGCGUGCGUGCGCGUAAAAAAGGGAAAAAGAGCGAAAAAAAACACGACAACACACGCCACACACACAAGUCAGAACAACGACAACGGUCGACGGACGGAGAGCGGUCUGACUAGUGACUAUAGUUGUCGUCGGUCGGGGUACUCGGUACGAGUACUUACACUGUACACAGUGCACAACGGCCGUUCGCGUCGCGCCGUUUUUCUGUCACCAGUGUUUGAGUUCGUGUCGUCGAAACGUUAACGUACAACAUCGUUCGGCCUACCGGUGCGGUGGUGGCGUUCAGUAGCCCCCCGUGUGCUCGGUACGAGUGUGGUAUAUAGUUGUUGUUGUUAUUGUUGCUCGUACACGGCGGUGGUGUAGAUUAAAAUUUCCGGUCGACCGUUUCACAUCAGCUGCUGCACACGAGCCGCCGGAUCGUGUAUACACACACGCACGCAUAUAAUAUAUUCGCCACACCACCGCCGCAGCGUCUUCUUCACUCGCUCACGCGCUCUCUCACUCUCGCUCUAGCGCGCGCACACUGCUGCUGCCGCCGCCGCCGCCGCCGCCGUCACCACACCCAGCCGCGCGCCGGCGAGACGACCGCCCCAGCCGAGUGCGAGAUAUCGCCGUACCCACACACACUCACACACACAUACUCGUACACACUCACAUAUUAUACACGUCGUCGUACAAUAUUAUAAUAAAAUAAUACUCGCACACGUAUAAUAUCUGUGGACGAGUGAUGUAGAUGAUAAUAUAAUUUUGUGCUGAACGAAACGCUCGAAAAAUCGCAUUGGCAUUUUUUCCUCUCGUUUAGCAGCCCUCCCGCGGUAAGUGUGUGCGUGCGCGCUUGUGUCGUUUUUCACUCGUGUGUGCGGCCGUCGCCCAUCGACGGAUAGCGAUUUCGUGUGCGAGUGUGUGUGUGUGCGCGCGUGUGUGUGCGAGCCGCGUUCGUUUCGUUUUUUUGUGCGACCGAUUGCUAGCCGCCGGAUACCCACGGACACCCACUGGCCCGACGACUGCCUGACCCACCCCGGAUUCGCACCACCACGCCGGCUCUACUACCGGCACCACCAGAGAUGUGUUGUACAUGGACGAUGGCGUGCCGCCGGUUGUCACCGCCGUCCUAGGAGGGUGACGGACGGCCAGAGUCGUGGUGUUGGACGACGACACACACACCCACCCACACGCACGGUGCGUUUUUGGUGAGGCACGGCGCGCUGCGGGUCACUGUGGAGUGGCACGAGGUGUCUGCUGCUGCUGGCCGCGUUGGUGGUGGUGGUGGUGCUGAGUACGGCGGGUGGACAGCGCAGCAGGUAAUAACGGACGCGCCGCGGCAGCCCACUGUCCUCCGUCGUUGUGGUGGACCGGGCCGCAAGGUGCUGCUACUGUCACCGCUGAAAUGGCGUGUUGCCUAUCUGAAGAGGCCAAGGAACAGAAGCGCAUCAACCAGGAGAUCGAACGACAGCUGCGGCGUGACAAGAGGGACGCCCGGCGAGAGCUCAAACUCCUGUUGCUCGGUACUGGUGAAUCGGGGAAAUCCACAUUUAUCAAACAAAUGCGGAUUAUCCAUGGUUCUGGUUACUCCGACGAAGACAAAAGAGGGUUCAUCAAACUAGUAUACCAAAAUAUAUUCAUGGCCAUGCAGAGUAUGAUCAGGGCCAUGGACAUGCUCAAAAUACAUUACUCUGAUCCAUCAUGUUCUGAACGUGCGGAGCUCAUUAAAAGUGUAGAUUUUGAAACAGUCACGACAUUUGAAAGUCCAUACGUCGAAGCGAUCAAAGCACUCUGGGGAGACUCUGGCAUUCAAGAAUGUUAUGAUCGCAGGCGCGAAUACCAGCUCACAGAUUCUGCUAAAUAUUAUUUAAUGGAAAUAGACAGAGUGGCCAGUCCAAAUUAUCUGCCCACAGAACAAGACAUACUUAGAGUAAGGGUACCCACGACGGGCAUUAUCGAAUACCCGUUCGAUCUAGAAGAAAUUCGGUUUAGUUACUUAAGCGACUUACCAAGAAUCGAGGCCCCUGAUUAUUUACCUACCGAACAGGACAUUCUACGUGCUAGGGCUCCAACUACAGGCAUUAUCGAGUACCCUUUCGAUCUUGAUGGUAUUGUCUUCAGGAUGGUCGAUGUUGGAGGCCAGAGAUCAGAAAGACGAAAAUGGAUCCAUUGUUUUGAGAAUGUAACAUCCAUCAUAUUCUUGGUGGCACUUAGUGAAUAUGAUCAGAUUCUUUUUGAGUCCGAAAAUGAAAAUAGGAUGGAAGAAUCCAAAGCAUUAUUUAAAACUAUCAUAACAUAUCCUUGGUUCCAACACUCAUCAGUAAUAUUGUUUUUGAACAAAAAGGAUCUUCUCGAAGAGAAAAUCAUGUAUUCUCAUCUGGUAGACUACUUCCCAGACUUUGAGGGUCCUCAAAGGGACGCCAUAAGUGCACGAGAGUUUAUACUAAGGAUGUUUGUGGAUUUGAAUCCUGAUAGUGAGAAAAUAAUUUAUUCACAUUUCACAUGUGCCACAGAUACCGAAAACAUUAGAUUUGUCUUUGCGGCAGUGAAAGACACCAUACUACAAUCCAAUCUCAAAGAAUACAACCUUGUGUAAUGUUGCACAAAUAAUGCGAAACCCCAUAUGUUAAUAUUUUUUACUAUUAUAAUGUUAAAAUAACAAUACGAUUAGUAUAAAUCCUAAUUAUAUAUAAAAACAAACAACAAAAAAGUAAAAAAAAAAAAAAACCGAGAAAAUGUAUCCUAUGUUUUUUGUACAAUAUUUUUAACAGAGUACGUUUUCUCUCACAUUUUUAUCUCCAUGAGUGUCAGUUUGUUAAUGUUGGUGUCGUGUGUGAGUCGGUGUAAAUCCGUCAUGAUUUCGAUAACAUAACAUAUAAAGGGUAACUUAAAUUUUUUUUUAAUACAAAUUUUUUACUCAUGUAAAAAUUAAUUGAAAGAAAAUUAUGAUUAAUACUUUUUAUAAGAGCGCAUUUUUUUUAAUUUAAUUUUUUAUUUAAAAAAAAUAUAUGGUUAAUCUCCUAUAUGUUCAUUGCAUUUAACCCUUAUGUUAUAAUAAUUAUACAAACUAUAUAAUAUUUAAAUAUUAAAAAAAAAUGUCAAUAUGAAAUACGUGUACAUAAAUCUAAUGAGAUUAAGAAAUUAUUAAUAUCAGAAUAUAAAUGUUUAAGUGUAAGUAAAAACAAAACAAUUCAACAAAAAAUUAACAAAUUAUUUCCAAACCCCCCCCCCCCCCCCCCCAUUUACCCAAUUAUACAUAAUUGUUUUCUUAAAUGAAAAAUUAUUUUUAUUUUAUUAACAUCAUGAGGUGGAGGUUUUACUUGUGCAAUUUUAAUAAUUUAUUAAACCCUUAAAAAGUGUGUAAGGGUAGUUCUAGUCAGUCUCGUUUAAAAACUAAAACAUACAUUUUAAGCAAAAUAUUGUGAAAUUUUCUGAGUUACCUGUGUAAAUUUUAUUGAUUAAAAAAAUUGUAAUUUUUGGUAUUUAUAUUGAUAAUCUAUGGGAAACAUCUCAACAUUGUGCUCACCCCAUUUUCGCUCUGUAUUUUAUUUAAAUUUUAAGACACUCGUUUUACUUGUUGUUAUUAUUAUUAUUAUUAUUAUUAUUAUUAUUAUUAUUAUUAUUAUUAUUAUUUAAUAUUUAUACAUAUAAUUAUGUUUUUGUUUGUGUGUGUGUGUGAAUGUGUGAGUGAAUAUAUUAUGCUUAGAAGUCGAGAGGAUUAACCUCGACAAUCAAAACAUAUUAUACUAUCAACAAAUGGCGCUAAUUUUUUCUUAUUUUUUAAUAAUUGUUAACAUAUUAUUUUCAAAAAAUUAACAAGACCCUCCCCAAAAAUAAAAAUUAUAUCAAAAUCAAAUUAUUGUAGUAGUAGUAGUAGGAGUUGACCUUAAUAACAGUAAUGAUUAAUAAUAUAACUAUUUUGUAUUGUCUUGUACGACAGAUACACACACACGCACAGACAAUGUGUAUACAUACACCUCAAACGCUUUUCUGGGCCGUAUACUAGUAAAUUAUCGACGUUUAGAUCAGCGCUCUUCUACUUUACUAUUUGUUUGCGUAAGGCUGACCACUUCAGAAUUACAACAAAACAUGAGUAUCUAGUUAAUAGUGAUAUAAUACCCACCUAUUUCUACUUCUUCUGCUACUACUACACCUCUGCUAUUUUCAUUACACAGACCAAAAACAGUGUUCUUAAUCAGUAUCUCAUCUUUCAUAUUUUUUUUUUCGGAAGUAAUUUAGUGAGAAUUUUCAAAUGUAUCAUCGGACUGACCUCGUAAUAAAUAUAUAUAAUAUACGUCUAAUAAUAAUGUUAAUAUAAUUAAUUUUUCUGGGGUGAUCACAUCAACUCGACCACCUGGUGUAUUUAAAAUUUAAUGUAUUUUUUUUUCCUUUUUCCAUUGUAUAAAUAUUGUUUUAUACUAUUGCAAGCCAUUAUUUUCAAUACUUUUAUAAUAUGAUAUGGUAAUAAGAGAUCAUAAUAUAUAAAAACGACUAUUGUCGCACGUAAAUAUGUUAUGUAUUUUAUUUUAUUUUAUUUUUGUUUUUUAUCAACAGUCAAACACAAAUAAAAUAUAAUAUACAUAUUAUUAUAUGGAUAAUUGACGUUUAAUGUUUUGUAAAACACAUUUUAUUAUUUAUAUUCUGAUAUUAAAUUUUUUGUUUUAUUAAAUUAUGUUAUAUUUUUUCCGUUUUUUUUUUUUUUUAUCAAAGAAGAAAUGCUGCCGGUUUUUUUCAUUAUUAUUAUUUUUUUUUUUUGUUAUAUUUUCUUAUCGGUCAUCCGAUAAAACUAGUGCAAUUUCACUUUAAAAUUAUAUGCAAACAUAAUUAUUAAAAAGUACUUAGUCAAAGUGUUACCUGUUAGUUUACAGUACUAACGAAAAUAUGUAUGUACAUAAUAUAUACAUCUAUCAUAUAUGUAUAUGUAUAAAAAAAUUAUUUAUAUAUACAUAAAUGUUCAUGUAUAAAAAAUUGUUUUAAUAACAAUCAAAUGUUGGAUAAAAAAUAUUCCUUGAGUUCAUUAUUUUGAUACACAUGUAUAUAGUUUUUUUUCUGUGUGAUGUCUAAUGUGAAUUUUUUUUCAAAAAGAAAAUAUACAAUUAUAUCGCUUUUUAAA